AUGUUUACCGAACAAGCGAAAGAACUUGUAAAUUUAAAGAAAAGGUUUAAAUCAUUUAAAUUAGAAUCUCGAUUAACCGAACUCACAUUUGAAUCAUUUAAAUUACGUGAAGAAGUAUAUAAUUCAUUAAGACAAGGAGUAUUGAAAGAUGUUGAACCUUUUUUACCAACAGAAAUUCAAGCGUUAACAAUUCCUGAAAUUUUAAAAAUGGACAAUAAACAUAUAUUAUGCGCAGCAGAAACAGGAUCAGGAAAAACUUUAGCAUAUUUAUUACCAAUUGUUAAUAAAUUAAAAGAGGAAGAAGCACAAUCAACAUCUUAUACACGAGAAGAGAUUAAUACAGAAAUACUUAAAGUAUCAACAGAAGAAGAAAACCAACAAAAAUACAAAACUUUAGAAAUGCCAGUUGAUAUAGUAAUAGCAACUCCAGCAGGACUUUUAGAAUAUAUUGAUCAAGGAUAUAUUAAUAUUGCAGAUACCAAAUAUGUUGUUAUUGAUGAAGCUGAUACAAUGUUUGGUAAAGGGUUUGGAGAAGAAGUUCAAAAUAUUAUUAACAAAGUAAAAAAUUCGGGAAAAAAACAAAAUCGAGCGAAUCAAAUUAUUAUAGUAUCAGCAACGAUACCUAAACCGGUGAAUGAAAUGCUUAAACGGGAAUUUCCUAAUAUUAAAAAAGUUUUAAAAAAACAUUAUACGGAAGAACAUAGUACAAUGAUAUUUUGUAAUACACGAGUGAGUGCUUAUGCAUUAGAAAGUUUUUUGAAAAGCAAAAAAUAUUCAGUAAUUGGAUUAUUUGGAGAUGUAGAAGAACGUACUACAAAACUUGAAGCAUUUCGUAAUCAGGAAGGUAAUUCGAAAAUUUUAGUUUGUACAGAUCUCGCAUCUAGAGGAAUUGAUACAACUUUUGUGAAACACGUGAUUUUGUAUGACUUUCCAACCACGGUUGUAAAUUUUUUACAUAGAAUUGGUAGGACUGCUAGAGCAGGAAGGAAAGGGGAAGCAACAUAUUUCAUAACAAAAAAGAAUAGAGAAUUAGCUAGCAAGAUUUCUAAAAAUAUUAAGGAAGGAAGAGUUUUAGCAUAA